AUGUUUCAAAAACAAAAAGUUUCACCUUGGGAAUAUUUACAAGAAGCCACGUUGGUCAAAUGGGUUAAUACAAAACUCAUUGAGGACACCUUGAGUCCACAAACACCCACUUCAUCAUGCAAAAACAUUUCCGAAACGAUAAACAAUUUAACCAGUGAUUUACAUGAUAGUUUAGUAUUGACUAAACUUGUCAAUAGAUUAAUUUAUGAAGUGACUUUGAACCCAGACCAUCCAAUGAACAAAAAAGCCAAUUUAUAUUAUCUCACGCCCAUAUACACCAAACCAACUUUUAAAUUACAAAAACUAGAAAAUCUACUGGAUUUGCUCAAAUUUUUAAAUUUGAUCCUUAGUAUCAAUGUCAGUUCCAUAAGUCCAGAAAACAUUUUUGAUGGUGAUCUUAAACUAACAUUGGGGUUAGUUUGGUCGUUAUUCAUAUUCAAUACAGCAAGUGUAUUUCCUGGAACUCCAACUUAUCUGGGUAUCAAAACAAUUUUAUUAAAAUGGAUUAAUGGGAUUUUAACAGAUACAUCUAUAAGAAAUUUUAGUAAAGAUUGGGCUAAUGAACCGGAAACAAUUUUAUGUGAAAUAAUAUCUAAUUAUGAUGCAAAUAUACCUUGUGGAAUGAAUUUAUCAGAAUUAUUGGAUUAUCUUGAAGAAUCUAUUGCUUUUCCCAAACUAAUAGAACCAGAUGAUUUCCAAUAUAAUGAUGAAAAAUGUUUGAUUGUUUUUUUGGUUGAAUUAUAUAAGAUUUUUGAAAUUGAAAAAAGUUAUAAUAAUGUUGCUGUUGAUAAUCUGCUUGGAUUUGAUCAAGUGAUUACGGCAACGGUUGAAAUUUUCAAAUUGAAAAGUAAAUACGAAUCAGAAGCUUUGAAAUUAUCAAACCAAUUAAAUACUUUAAUUAAUCAAUUAUCUUUAGAUAUUUCUGAUUUGAAAAAUGAUUUCACUAUGGAUAUAUUGUCUUGUUUAAAAUUAUUGGAAGAUUCAAUAUUGGAUUCAACAAAGUUGACUCAUUUCCAAAAUAGUUUUAAUCAUUUAAAUGUAAAACUCACAUCAUUAGUCAAUAUAUUACAAAGAUUUCAAAAUUUCCGAUUUGAAAUUAAAUCCGAAUUGGUCUAUCAAAGCUAUCCACAAAUUAUUCAAAUACUUGGUUCAAUCAAAAGCAUGUUACAAUCAUUUGGAGACAUUGAUUAUAUUCCUGCAAGCAAAACGUUAAACAUAGAUCCUAUUUCCACUAAAUUAGAACAACUAAUAACAUUAGACUCUUUGAUCUUAGCAGAAAUCAGUGAAGUGAUAUUAAACACGAACAGUGAAGAAUUAUUCAUUAAAUUAAGUAAACUUAAAGAUGUGAAAACAAAACACAAACUGGUGAAAACUGAAUGUGAAACAACAAUUGAAUAUUUCUUAGGAUUUUUCCGUAAAUUAGAAAUGUUUGAAUCUUCUUUACAAUCAUCACCUCCUUUAAAAUAUUUUGAAGCUCGUGAUCCAUCUGAUUUUGAUAUCACCCCUGAUAUUUUUAAUCAAUUUAAAACUGUUAUUUUAAGACAUAAUAAUUGUCAUCAUGAUAAAUUAUUUAGAGUUUUACAAGAACAAUUUGUUCCUUCAGAUUUUUCAAAUACAACUCUUGAAUUUUUCACUAGACUAAUACCAAUUAAAGCUUCUCCUAUAUCUUCAAAUGAUUCUAGUUUUGAUUUAACUUCUUCAACUUCGGUUGAUGAUGAUGAUAUUUUUGAUGAGUUGCAACAAAAAUUAGAUUUCCAUUUACUGCUCACAAAUAAUAAAAUUUAUGAUAUCCAAGAAUUUAUACGAAGAUUUGAGAAUGGGUUUAAAUUGUAA